GACAUGGAUUCUAGAAGAGAGUCGGCUAUGGCUGUAUGCUUAAACCAGCUUGUCAUUGUAUUUCAAAUUUUGCGGCAUAUAGCCCACGUCGCCAUCACAGGAAGAAAAGGGAUUGGAGAGGUGAGAAGGAGGAAGAGAAGGUGUGGAGUGAUUUGAUAAUGGCGGAGAAGGGCAAAGUGUGUGUAACAGGCGCAGGAGGGUACGUUGCUUCAUGGGUCGUCAAGCUUCUUCUCUCCAAGGGCUACAUCGUCCAUGGAACCGUUAGAGAACCCAGUGAUGGAAAGUACUCUCAUUUGAAGAAACUUGAGAAGGCAUCUGGGAACCUGAAACUCUUUAAGGCAGACUUGCUGGAGUACAACACGCUUUGUUCUGCCAUUGCAGGAUGCGAUGGAGUGUUUCAUGUCGCCAGUCCCGUCCCCCCUACCACUGUAGUACCAAAUCCUGAGGUAGAACUAAUGGAGCCUGCUGUGAAGGGCACACUUAAUGUACUGAAGGCAUGUACUGAAGCAAAAGUUAAACGGGUUGUUGUUGUGUCCUCUGGAUCUGCUGUCAUGAGGAAUCCUAGGUGGCCCAAGGGUAAAGUGAAGGAUGAGACUUGCUGGUCUGACAAAGAAUAUUGCCGAACAACUGAGAAUUGGUAUUGUCUUUCUAAAACAGAAGCAGAAACCGAGGCCUUUGAGUAUGCCAAAAAAAGUGGGCUUGAUGUUGUGAGAGUUUGCCCUACCCUCGUUCUAGGGCCAAUCCUGCAGUCCACAAUCAAUGCAAGUAGUUUGGUCCUCAUUAAACUUUUGAAAGAAGGAUAUGAGUCACUGGAAAACAAGCAUCGUAUGAUAGUAGACGCACGUGAUGUAGCUGAAGCUCUGCUUCUUGCUUAUGAGCAGCCCGAAGCUGAAGGAAGAUACAUAUGCACAGCACACAUGAUCAAGAUGCAGGAUUUGGUGGAGAAUUUAAGGAGCAUUUACCCCUAUUACAAUUAUCCAAAGAAUUUUACAGAGGGAGAGGAAACAGAGAACCUGAGCUCAGAGAAACUGCAGAGAUUGGGAUGGAAUUACAGGCCACUGGAAGAAACCCUAGUUGACUCGAUCAAAAGCUACAAAGAGGCUGGCAUCUUGGAUUAACUGACAGUAUCCUGUUUGGUUCAGGCAAUUAUGAUGAUUCCCAAGUAUUCCUGCCUAGGAUUCCCCUUGAUAUUGCAGUUCUGGAUCAUAGAUACCACUAUUCUGCUGUGUAUCUUAUUGAUAUUAUGACUCUUUUUUUAAAGUGAAAUUGAUAUUCUGACUGUAAGUCACUGAUGUUGCACUAUUUGUUGAAUCAGACUACAUGGUUAUGGAAUCCAAACCCAAUUUAGCCCUUUUAUCCCAAAAGCUAGGUAUUUAUGGGACUGAUAUGGGUUCGUCUUUCUACCCUACACUACUUAAAUUUCAGUUUAGCUUAAACUUCGUAAAAACCAAAUUUAUUUUUUGUUAAACAAGAUGAUGAGAAGUGCACUCAUAUGGAAGGAAAAAAAUCUGCUUGGUUGAAGUAGAAUAGUUGCCGUCCUCAGAAAUGAGGUCCCCUUUUGCCUUGAUAUCAGAGGGGACAGGGACACAUCAUGAAUCAACAGCCUAUCUAGCAUAUGGAUGAAAAAAACCCAAUGAUACCAAUCCAAACAGGUAAAAAAAUAGUCAUUUUAGCUUAAGAGCUCCAUGCUUUGUUUUUAUUUGGUUUUGUCAUUUGUGUGCCCAUUCAGUUAGAAUCGCGUGCCUCAUUUUCUUCCUUGGCUGCUAUUUUUCAUGAGCAUGACAUGGAAUUUCGACUCUUCUGCUGAGAAAGUGCAAACGACACUAGUUUAUAUGACACAGCCACUGAUCAAAUCUCAAAGCCAACUGGGUUUUGUGUGCUUCUGAGGAAGAUGGAAGAGAAUGGAGAGAAGGAAAGAGUGUGUGUGACUGGUGCAGGAGGCUAUUCAUGGCUCAUAAAUUUACCCUAUUGAAACAGUCAGAGACCCAUGUGAUGCAAAGAACAGCCGUCUGAAGAAAUUGAGAAGGCUUCUGAGAAUCUUCAACUGUUUAAGACAGAUUUGCUGGACUAUGAAGGCCUUUGUGCUGCCUUUGCUGGAUGCUCUGGGGUUUUCCAUGUUGUCAGUCCAGUCCCCAUUGGCCCAGUAUCUAACCUUCUGAUAAGAUUUAUGAAUACAAGAUAAAAGAAAAGAUUCUAGUUUCUCCUUGGAAACAACAAUGCACACAUAAUCUCCCGAAGGAAUGUGAGAGGGCCAAAGUGAAGAAAGUUGUGGUCUGUCAUCUGCUGGUGCUGUCACGCUCAACCCAAGUUCCCAACUGGCCUAAAAGUCUGCCCAUGGAUGAAGAAUGUUGGUCUGACCUUGAAUUUUGCAAGGCAACCAAGAAUUAUUGUUACCUUGCAAAACAAUAGCAGACAGUCAAUCAUUGGAGGAUGCAAAGAAAAGCGAGCUCAACAUUGCAACAGUUUGUCCAUCCUUUGUUUUCGGGCCAAUGUUGCAAUCCACAAUGAAUGGCUGCAGCCUAACAUUUAUGAAAGUGUGCGAUGUGGCUGAAGUGAUUCUGUUGGCAUACAAGAACCCUGAUGCAGUAGGAAGAUAUAUAUGCUAAUCACACUCAGUCCAAGCACAAGCUUUGGCAGAGAAGUUGAAGAGUAUGUAUCCUAACAACAAUUCCCCAAAAGUUACAUUGAAGAUGAGGUAAAUUAAGUUCAAAGAAGUUGCAGUGGCUGGGAUGGAAGUGUUAGGCCACUGAAAGUGACUAUUAUGGCUGCAGCUAGAAACUAUCAAGAGAAUGGCUUCUUGGCUGAACAACUAGCCAACAAAUUUAGCUGAUAGAGAAGGUUCUGAAAUUAUUAUGGCUGAUAUGAUAUCCCAGAGGGCCCUACUGAAACAUUUUCAAAACAUGUCCACAUUAGGUGGUUGCUCUGCAAUUUUUAAUCUUUUUCCCAUUGAUGUUCUUGAUAAAACAUUUUCCCAAAGGCAAUGAUUUUCAAUUAUAUUAAAUGUUUUUUUA